CCACCGCCAUAAUGGAAGCUGUGAGGUGACGGAAGUUUUUCCGCGAAAACUCACACAUUUUAUUCCGUCCAUUUGACUCUCUUACGCAUUGGCAGCUAAGAAAGACAGGUGGCAUUGUUAAGACCACCGAGCCACUACAGUAAACAAGCAUGAAGAUGAAGUAUAGCCUGGUUUUGGGAGUGAUAUUUCGAUCAGGUGUUUUGGUCAUAAACAUGAAAUACAACUUGCGGUCUCAGUUUUUUUCAUGAUGACGUCCUCGGAUAACACAACUGGCCUUAGUACGGUGGGGGAGGCUGUGACCGAAACAAUUACCACCACUACAACUGGUACUCCCGGAUGGAUAGACUGGGGCUAUCUCGGCCCGGACGACGCAGCAUCGGGCUCACUGACUCCCGAAGAUACUUCGUGGAUGGCCAAUUUUACCAAGACCGAUGCGAGUCAGCUGGCCGCAAGGACUGCCUUCUUAGGCUUGUUCAUAGUGGUGGCUUUUGUUGGCAACUGUGUAUUAAUUGCCACAGUGUCUCAAAGUAAACGUUUGAGGAGAUCCAUGUUCAAUAUAUUCAUCAUCAACAUGGCUGUGGUGAAUUUAUUAGACUGUGUUCUCAACAUGCCUCUCAUUCUGGGAACCACUGUGAAAGAAGAGUGGGAAUUUGGUCAUUUCAUUUGCAAACUGAAUGCAUGUGGUAUACAGUUAGUCUCUACAGAGAGACUGUUUUCUUUGACUGUGAUGGUAUUUGACAGGUGUGUGGCAAUAUUAGACUCGGCAAAAUAUUUCGAGCGGAUGUCUCGGUUCCGCGUCAACAUGAUAAUUACAUAUUCAUGGGUGCAGUCCAUUCUUUUUGCCCAUGUGAUACUAUAUGUGACUACCAUUCCGUCCAAAUUAUAUCCAAGUCGUUACUUGUGCUCAAUAGGAGAAAGUACACUGGCAUACAUAGCGACAACAUCGGUAGUAUGUUUUAUUAUACCAUUCAUCGCUAUUGUAAUGCUGUAUUUUGUGAUCAUCAAGAAAUGUGUUGCAGAGAAACUUCAAAAUAAGAUGAUGUUACAGAAUCAUCAGUAUACAGAUUCAGCCUUGGAUGAGCCAGUCAUCUGGAGAGAAGUGCGAGGUGCAAUUUACGUUGGCAUUUUAGUUAUUUUGUGGGGGAUUUUUGAAGGACCAUUCUUGUGCAUUAACUACAUAGAGCAAUUCCAAAAGUCUGUUGAACUGAAACCUACUUCGACUUUAUCUGUCUCUUAUCCAUAUGAGAUUGAGCUAGUGUUCACAUGGAUGAGAAUGAGUUAUCCAAUUUGUCUCCCAUUUGCUACAUUCUUCUGGAGAAAGGAGAUUUGGCAGAAGUUUAAAGACCUCAUUCUAUGCAGGAAAAGCAAUCUUGUGGUGGAUGUUACUCCUAGGGUGGAAAAGGAAAAAGAAAAAGAAAAGGAGCGUGAAAAGAAACUCCUAGAGAAAGAGGCCAUGAUGCUGAAUGCCAGCUCUAGUUUCAAUGCUCCUGUUCUCUUUGCCACUGCCAAUGGGUUGCAUGUAAGAAUGUUUGUGAAUGGUGAAGAGGAUGAAAUGUCGGAGUCACAAGGAAGCGUUUUAGGUGACAAUCUUCUCUUAGCUCAGGAGGUCAUUAAAACAUCUCGUUCACAAAAGUGCGAUGUUGAUGGUUCAGCUGGCACAGUGAACAAAAUCCCCAAUGAUGAAGAUACAAGUGACUAUGACUCUCAAAGUGAACUUGAUCCAUUUUCUGUGUCUAAUCCCGUCUCUGUGAAAAGCAUUGAAAAGAGCCAUGACAGACAAAAGUCAAACUCCAGCAAUAGUACCAGUAGCACAUCACGGGAAGUCACUGAGAAUGCUGACAACAAAGUAAAAGAAAUGGAGAUGAAGCAAAUUUUAAAUGCCUCUGGGAGGCAAAAGACGAGGAAAAAGAGUCAGAGUUCUGCAGCUGUUGAGAAACUGGACUUGGGAGAAGUAACCGAGGGAGCUAGCAAAGUUGAUGAAGCGGAGGAUGCCAAAUUAGACUCUGGCCGUGGAACAGGAGAAAGUUCAAACAAAAAACGGAGACCAAAACUAGAAACAACUGAUUGUCCAGAAACCAGACUUCCUAAAGACAGAGAAGUAUCUAAAAAUGGAGCAAAAGAAACUCAUAAACAAGAUGUCACUGUUGACAUAAGUAAUGCUUCAGAUUCUCCUAAUUUGGUGUCAACCGCAGAGGUGAAAAAACCCAGACCCAAGAAAAAGAAAAAAACAAAGAUACUCGUCCAUGAAGAAAAGGUUGAAAUGUCUUCAGUGAAAGAGACAAAUAAUAUCGAUCCAGGCAUUCCAAUGUCUAGAAGACCACCACCCAGACUGAAACCCCUGGAUCAUUUACCAAAAUCAGACAAUUCAGUGCCAUCUAUUCUAAACAAUUUAGAGAGUGAUCUGACAUUACAAAGGUCACCUGUUGACAGCAUUACUGGAAACCAGGUUCAACCAAAUGGAAAUAUUGUUAGCAAAGAAACUGCAAACCAUGAACCCGACCAAGAAUAUCACACAAAACCAAACUCUUUAGAAAAGCCAGCCAAAGUGAAAGCCAAUAGAACAAAACCUAGACAAUCAAGUUUGUCUCCUGAUGAGCCGAAAAAGAAGAAAAAUCGCCGUCACAACAGUUGUGAUUCAGAAUCCUCUCUACUUCAGAUGUCUUCUAAUUCAGAUGACAUCCGUAACCUCAAGGCACUCGCAGAAGAAGAAGAAGUCAAAAUGAAAAAGAGGUCUAAAUCUGAAAGUCAGCAAGAUUUGCUGGAUGGUAUGUCACCAAGAUGACAAACAGCUUUGUCAAAAAGGAGGGAGACUCGGACUUGCAGCCUUGAUACAGCCAAGGAAAUAUUGGAAGCUUUGAGAUGAGAAAGAUGGAUGAGACCUUUAUAAGGAGGAGGAGUGGAAUUAGCAACAGGGUUGCCAUAGAAUUGUAUACAUAAAUGCUUCUGAUAAUACUUUAUCUCAUUCAUUUCACAAUAACAAAAUGAUCAGGACUUUAUAUGUCCCUUUUUAAAGAAAUUGUUAAUACUUAACACGAGCUACAUUUUGCUUAUGUAUAUAGCAAAAUGUAGUGUAUUUACAUGUAUUUAAAAUACAGUAUAUGUAUAUUGAACUUUACCAUAUUAGCUAUCAGGCAGCAUAUUUUGUGUUGAAUAACCAUAACAGAAAUGAAAAGGAUUAGAUGUAUGAAUGAUAAAUGUAGUGAAAUGGGUGUUUCCUUAUACCCAUAGUACUGUUAUGUUGUAGUGUGUCUUCCUUCAUUACAGUGUUAGUAAAAAGUUAAAAGUGUUACUACUGUGUUAGAGAGAUUGUCCUCUGUCUGCCUGUCUGUCCAUCAAUCCGUCCAUCAUAAAAAUGUACUUCAAUUAUUGAGGGGGGAUUUUGUUCAUCUGUCCAUCCCUCAAAUAUACCUCAUCUGAGUUACUAUAAAAGGAUAUAAGUUCUUCAAAGGGUGCAGGUUAUAAGUAUCAAUUUUUACAAGAAUUCAAAGGAAGAAGAAAAAUAUGACAUCAAGUAAUAAGAGGUUUAGAG